UUUUAAUUUUCUCUCUCUGUUGCAAGAAAAUAUAUAGAAGCUUUUUCUUCUUCCUUUCCACUUUCCAUUCUCAACAACCCACCAUGGAAUAACCCUAGAACCCGCUUCCAUCACUCUCAAAGUGUCCUUCUUUGUGAAAAAAAACGCUGCGUUUUGGUUUGGUUUCAAGGGUUUCCAACUUCUGUGUGUUCUCUAAGUAUCUGGAGGGUAAAAAUGUCAUCUUUGAGUAGGGAAUUGGUGCUUCUCAUUCUUCAAUUUCUUGAGGAGGAGAAGUUCAAGGACACUGUACACAAGCUUGAGCAAGAAUCUGGGUUCUACUUCAAUAUGAAGUAUUUUGAAGAGAAGGCCCUGGCUGGAGAGUGGGAUGAGGUUGAGAAGUAUCUGUCUGGGUUUACUAAAGUGGAUGACAAUCGAUAUUCCAUGAAAAUAUUCUUUGAGAUUAGGAAGCAGAAGUAUCUUGAAGCCUUGGACAGGCGUAACAAACCGAGGGCUGUUGAAAUUCUGGUGAAUGAUUUGAAAAGUUUUUCAACAUUUAAUGAAGAUUUGUACAAAGAACUAACACAUCUUCUAACCCUUGAGAACUUCAGGGAAAAUGAGCAGUUAUCGAAGUAUGCUGAUACUAAAUCAGCUCGAAACAUAAUGCUUUUGGAGCUUAAGAAAUUGAUAGAAGCAAAUCCCCUCUUUCGAGACAAGCUUAUACUUCCUUCGUUGAGGGCAUCACGGUUACGAACCCUGGUUAAUCAAAGUUUAAAUUGGCAGCAUCAGCUGUGCAAGAACCCAAGACCGAAUCCAGACAUCAAAACUUUAUUCACUGACCAUACUUGUUCACCUCCAAAUGGAGCUCAUGCACCUACUCCUGUCACCCUUCCUAUUUCAGCUGGUGCAAGGCCUUCAUUUUUUGCUCCACUUGGAGCACAUGGUGGACCAUUUACACCAGCCCCUCCAGCUGCUAAUGUUAAUGCUUUGGCGGGAUGGAUGGUGAAUGCAAAUCUGUCCACAUCUGCUCAAUCAUCUGUAGUUGCUGCUUCCUCAUUCUCUGGUCACCCAAAUCAAGGUUCUAUUUUGAAGCAUUCAAGAACACCUAAUACUCUUGGAAUGAUGGAUUACCAAAAUAAUGAUCAUGAUCAUCUAAUGAAACGGUUGCGGACUGCACAUUCUGUUGACGAGGUCACAAAUCCCGCUCCACCUCAACAAGUGUCUUGGUCACUUGAUGAGCUUCCUAGAACUGUUGUUUGUACCUUACAUCAGGGAUCAACAGUGACAAGCAUGGAUUUUAAUCCUUCCCUUCAUUCUGUACUCGCUGUUGGUUGUGCAAAUGGUGAAAUUUCACUUUGGGAAGUAGGGCUGAGAGAGAAGCUGAUAUCGAAGCCUUUCAAAAUAUGGAAUAUUUCUGCUUGUCCUGCCUUAUUUCAGGCUGCAAUUGUGAAAGACUCAUCUAUAUCCGUCAAUCGUGUAUCAUGGAGCCCAGAUGGGAAUUUUAUUGGGGUUGCUUUUACGAAGCAUUUGAUUCAUUUGUAUACCUAUCAAGCACCUAAUGACCUACAGCAGCGUUUGGAGAUUGAUGCCCAUGUCGGUAGUGUUAAUGACUUGGUAUUUUCAUAUCCAAACAAACAGCUAUGCAUUGUAACUUGUGGAGAUGAUAAGUUAAUAAAGGUGUGGGAUUUAAAUGGGCAGAAACUCUUUAACUUUGAAGGUCAUGGAGCACCUGUUUAUUCUGUUUGUCCUCACCAGAAGGAAAAGAUACAGUUUAUAUUUUCAACUGCGGUUGAUGGGAAAAUUAAGGCCUGGCUGUAUGAUAACAUAGGCUCCAGGGUGGACUAUGAUGCUCCCGGGCAGUGGUGCACCACAAUGCUCUACAGUGCUGAUGGAAAUAGAUUGUUCUCUUGUGGGACAAGCAAAGAUGGAGACUCUUUCCUAGUCGAGUGGAAUGAAAGUGAAGGAGCAAUAAAAAGAACAUAUUCUGGGUUCAGAAAGCAAUCUGCCGGCAUUGUGCAAUUUGACACUACAAAGAAUCGCUUUUUGGCUGCUGGUGAAGAUAACCAGAUUAAGUUUUGGGAUGUGGAUAAUACCAAUGUUCUGACUAGUACAGAUGCUGAGGGUGGUCUUCCUAGUCUCCCUCACUUGAGGUUCAAUAAGGAAGGAAAUCUGCUUGCUGUUACUGCAUCAGGCGGUGGCUUGAAAGUCCUUGCUAAUGCAGAUGGCAUCAAAUUCUUAAGAACUAUUGAAGCUCGGUCAUAUGAAGGACCUAAAGCACCUAUUGAAACAAAGAAUGGAUUUGAUUCUAUGGCUAGAAGCACAGAGAAGAAAAGGAGUUUUGAUGAUGUAUCGGACAGAUCUAGAGCUUGGGAAUUGGCAGAAAUAGUUGAUCCUGUUCAGUGUCGAAUGGUCACUGUGCCAGAUAGUAUGGGUCCCCUUAACAAGGUUGCUCGUCUUCUUUACACAAAUUCUGGGGCUGGUCUUCUGGCUCUUGGUUCAAAAGGGUUUCAGAGGCUGUGGAAAUGGAGCCGCAAUGAACUGAAUCCUACUGGGAAGGCCACGGCUAGUGUUGUUCCUCAACAUUGGCAACCAAAUAAUGGUCUUCUCAUGAAUAAUGAUGUCCGAGACAAUUCUGAAGCAGCUGUUCCCUGCAUAGCGCUCUCAAAGAAUGAUUCCUAUGUUAUGUCUUCAUGUGGAGGAAAAAUUUCACUGUUCAACAUGAUGACAUUUAAGAUAAUGACAACUUUUAUGAGACCUCCUCCUUGCUCAACCUUCCUUGCAUUUCACCCUCAAGAUAAUAACAUCAUUGCAAUUGGAAUGGAAGAUUCAACUAUUCAUAUUAACAAUGUUAGGGUGGACGAGGUGAAAUCUAAAUUGAAGGGUCACCAGAAGCACAUCACCGGUUUAGCAUUUUCAACUCAACUUAAUACCUUGGUUUCAUCAGGUGCUGAUGCCCAGCUUUUCUUUUGGAGCAUUGAUUCCUGGGAUAAGAAGAAAUCACUGUCAAUCCCAAUGCCUGCUGGAAAGGCACCUGUUGGUGACACUCGUGUGCAAUUCCAUAUUGAUCAAGUAAAGUUGCUGGUAUCCCAUGAGACGCAGCUAGCAAUAUAUGAUGCUUCAAAAAUGGAAUUGAUUCGGCAGUGGGUGCCACAAGAUGGAUUUUCUGGUUCCAUAUCCUCUGCAACAUAUUCCUGCAACAGCCAACUAGUUUAUGCUGCUUUCACUGAUGGAAAUAUUGGAGUAUUUGAUGCUGACAGCCUGAGACUAAGAUGUCGUAUAGCUUCAUCUGCAUACCUACAUCAGACUUCAUCAAACAGCCAAAAUGUGUACCCUGUUGUUGUCACAGCACAUCCACAGGAACCAAAUCAAUUUGCAGUUGGACUUUCAGAUGGGUCUAUCAAGGUUAUAGAGCCUACAGAGUCUGAAGGAAGGUGGGGAAUUAAGGAACCUGUUGAUAAUGGUAGGACAGCCUCACCCUCAAUCACAAACAACCCCACUCCUGAGCAGCUCCAAAGAUGAUAUGAUUCAUGUGCCUCAUUUUAGUAGAAAAACUUAUUAUAGAAUAGUGAAACUGUAAGGCUGAAUGAUUCUUUUUGAGACUUUUUGGAUGCUCAUACAGAUGUGUAGGUUAAGAAACAUUAUGCAGAUGUCAUGUUACUAAUCGUGUUUUUGUAUAAAUGUCAUGCUGCUAUGCUAGUAGCCUAGUACUGAAAUUUGAAUCUAUGACCAUAUAUAUAAACCACAAACUCCUUACUAUCAUUUCAAUUUUAGUGGCUCAAGUUAUGUUUA